GAAGGGAAUUUAUGGACAAGGUCUACCGUGUUCCCUGGUGUCGUGUCGGUGUUUUCGCCAUAGGAAUGUUUCUUGGUGUUUUGCUACACAAAACCAAGUGUAAACUCAAGAUACGAAGAUAUUUCCUGGUGCUGGGGUGGCUGGUUUUCCUGGCUAUUGGACUUCUGUGCUGCUAUGUGACAUAUGACCAGAUGCGAGAUGCUGACAGACAAUGGGGCACAAAUUCCAGAAUCGUCUACCAAACACUCUCCAGGCCCGGAUGGGCGUUGUUUGUGUCUUGGAUUAUCUUGGUAUGCUGCACGCGUAAUGGAGGUGUUAUCAACAGUAUCCUCUCCUGGUCUGCUUGGAUUCCUCUGGGUAGACUGACGUACGGGGCCUACCUGAUCCACACAGUCGUGUUAUCCUAUACCGAGUUCUCAGUGAGGUCUCUGAGAUAUGUUGAUGUUGUUUUUGUGAGCUACCACUUCAUAGGGACAUUCACCGUCUCCUACGCCCUAUCGUUCCUCACCUGUGUGUUGGUGGAGUCUCCGUGCCUCGGUCUGGAGAAGGUGGUCCUCACCAGGCUAAGGCUCAAGAAGUAGUCAUCACAAUGGAUGGCGCAAGUUAACUCACUGAAUAAAGUGUGGGACGGAUAUAUAUAUAUAUAUACGGAUAGUGAUCAACUUGUUGUUAUAUAUAAUGUGAUGUAAAUCCAACG